AUAUGACAGUGCUAGCUGCUAUGGCUGCGUCCACACCAGUCAGUCCAUAACCAUACAAUUGCACGUGCGUGGUCCUGUCCUGUGUCGGUUUUUGAAAUCAACUUGCAUGCCAUGGCACAAAAAGUGGAACGGUUCUGCAGUCCCGGGAAAGGGAAUGGUUUACGCGCUGUUAGCUCGCUAAAAGCCGGAGAACUGUUGUUUUCAGCUGAGCCUUUUGCAUGCACCGUUUCCAAGAGAGUAAUUAAAUCUACAUGUGAGAACUGCUUGUCAAGGAAGGACAAGCUGCGGCGGUGCUCUCAGUGCAAGAUUGCUCAUUACUGCAAUGCCAGUUGCCAGAAACGGUCCUGGCCGGAGCACAGGGAGGAAUGCCGGCGCCUCCAGCGUCUCCAUCCCACGAUCCCCACAGACUCUGUCCGGCUGGUGGCCAAAAUCCUCUCUAAAUUGGUAAACCGUUCCCACGGCCCGGCUGAGAAGCUGUACUCUUUGGAAGAACUUGAGUCACAUCUGUCCGACGUGACCGAGGAGAAGAGAAGCCAGCUGGAGGACCUGGGCGUCGCCCUGAGGCUCUACCUGAAAGAGGAGGCCGACUGUUUGUCUGAGCUCCCACCCGGCCUGGACCCCAUCAGCGUCAUCGCCAAAGUGACCUGCAACUGCUUCAGCAUCAGUGACGGAGAGCUGCAGGAAGUGGGAGUCGGUCUCUACCCCAGUGUGUCCUUGUUGAACCACGCCUGCAGGCCCAACUGCGUGAUGGUGUUUGAGGGGAGGAUACUCCGGCUGCGGGCGGUCCGGGACAUCCGACCCCUGGAGGAGCUCACCAUCAGCUACACGGACGUGAUGACGCCCAGCCAGGAUCGCAGGAAAAGGCUGCGGGAGCAGUACUGCUUCCUGUGCGAGUGCGAGCGAUGCGUCACCGCAGACAAGGAUUCAGACAUGCUUUCUGGGCCAGAAGAGGACUGGAUGUCCCUCCAACACAAUAUUCCUCGACUCGAGCUCCUCCAAUCAGAGCAGAAGUGGGAGGAGGUCCUGAGGGAGAGCCAGGCCCUCUCAGGCAGCCGCGCGGGCACCGUCCCGGACAGGAACGUCUACCUGCUGCGGGUGCUGGACUUCACCCUGGACGCCUGCAUCAACCUGGCGCAGUGGGACCAGGCCUUGGAGUUCGGCACCAGAACCCUGCAGCCGUACAGACUGUACUACCCUGACCCCCACCCCGCUCGGGCCAUCCAGCUGAUGAGAGUGGGGAAACUGCAGCACUUCCUGGGCAGGCUGGCUGAGGCCCAAGAGACUCUGAGACAGGCCUAUGACGUCAUGAAGGUGACCCACGGAGAAGAGCAUGCCCUAACCGUCGAGCUGACGAGUAAGCUGGAGGAGAUCCGGGCGGAGAUGGACAGCAGCUAACUGUCCCUGGAGGUGCAGAACGCUCCAUUUUAUUACAUCACUCUCUCCCGAUCAAAAAAACAACAAUAAAAGACUACCAGAAACAUAA